GUCUCUCCGUUUCUCUCUCUAAAGUCAGAAGAAAACAACAGCUGGAAUGCAAGUAAGAGAGAAGAAGAAGGAAGAUGGAAGCAAAUUGGUUUCAUUAAUUCAAUAUAUUCAGACCUUACCCGUACAUAAAAGGAAAUGGCAGCAGCCAGCCGCCAUUGAAGCCCAGCCCUGGAGCUCCCUUCCUCAACAUGGGCUUCCGCAAAACUUGUUUCUUUCUUCUGUUUUUUGUUUUGUUGUUCUAAGACUGUCUGUGUCGUCAUCCGUCGACCCUCUGUUUCUUGAUUUCGAGCUGCUCUGCUUCAUAUGGGUGUUCAAAAUUUGUGCUUGAUAAUCAUUGUCGCAGCUCUCUGCCUCCAGUUCAGGGUUCUGUACUCGCAGAGCCUCACCUGCGAUGCCGGUGAUCUCAGGGCCCUCCAGGACUUGAUGAAGGGGCUCGAGUCCGGCAUCGAUGGGUGGGGUGGCAACUCCUCCACCAACUGCUGCGAUUGGCCCGGCGUGUCCUGCAACUCCUCGGCUUCUCUCGGGCUAUCAGACGGGGCUUCCGGGUCGGAAAGAGUAGUUCAGCUGGUUCUCGGCAGCAGAAGGUUGAUCGGCAACCUCUCUUCGGCAGUUGGCGAUUUGGAUCAGCUAAGGUUGCUCAAUCUCUCUCGCAAUUCAUUACAAAAAGGGAUACCCAGUUCGGUGCUCCGGCUUCCGAACUUGGAGGCUCUCGACCUGAGCUACAAUGAUUUAUCAGGACCGGUCCCGGCAAGCAUCUAUUUGCCGUCGAUUCAGUUCUUUGACAUAUCCCAGAAUUCGUUCUCCGGUCCCCUGCCUGUAGGAAUCUGCGCCAAUUCGACUCGGAUUCGGUUUCUCAAUCUUUCAGUGAAUUACUUCUCCGGCGAUAUUCCUCCGGGAUUGGGAAACUGUAGGCUCCUGGAGGACCUACGCUUGGGCACUAACGAUCUUACUGGCAGCAUCCCGGAAGACAUCUUCGGGCUAGGCCGCUUGGCACGGUUUCUCAUCCAGGACAACAAGCUUGCGGGUCCGUUGAGCAGCGGGAUAGGUAACCUCUCCCACCUUGUCAAAUUGGACUUAUCCCUGAACAUGUUCUUGGGAAACAUACCCGAUGUUUUCGGGAACAUGAGGAGCCUGCAGUACUUCAUUGGCCAUUCGAAUGGAUUCAAUGGCUCGAUCCCGUCCUCCCUGUCAAACUCCGAGACACUCGUGUUCCUCAACCUGAGGAACAACUCCCUUGCGGGCAGUAUCAACCUGAACUGCACGGCCAUGACGAGCCUUGGGUCCCUCGAUCUGGGUUCGAACAGCUUUGAUGGGCCCCUUCCCAAUAAUCUCCCUGAAUGCCGAAGCUUGAGGAACAUAAACCUAGCAAGGAACUCCUUCAGUGGUGAAAUCCCCAGCACUUUUGGGAAUUUCCAGAGCCUGGUGUAUUUGUCCCUCUCGAACUCGAGCCUUACGAACCUCUCCUCUGCUCUUGGGAUCCUUCAACAGUGCAGGAAUUUGACCUACUUGGUCCUCACCUGGAACUUCUAUGACGAGCUAUUGCCGGCAGGCUCGACCCUGAAUUUUCCGAACUUAAGAGUCCUGAUCGCUGCAAACAGCCGGCUCCAAGGUCCGGUCCCUGAGUGGCUUAACAAGAGCACGAACCUCCAGCUGCUGGACCUCUCCUGGAACCGGCUCAGCGGUCCUGUUCCAUCAUGGUUUGGCAGCUUUCAGUCCCUCUUCUACCUUGAUUUAUCGAACAAUUCUCUCACAGGCGAGAUCCCAAAGGAGAUCACUUCCCUACCAAGCCUGAUUAACCGGAACAUCUCACUGGAAGAGCCCUCUCCCGAUUUCCCGCUCUUCAUGAAACGGAACGUGAGUGCUAGGGGCUUGCAGUACAAUCAAGUCCUGAACCUGCCGCCCACACUGGACCUGGGUUACAACUCCCUCAGUGGCUCAAUCUGGCCCCAGUUCGGGAACCUGAAGAAGCUCCAUAUCCUCGAUUUCAGGAAUAAUUUCCUGUCGGGAUCGAUUCCCGAUAGCUUAUCAGGUAUGACAAGCUUGGAAGCUCUGGACUUGUCCUGCAACAAUCUCUCCGGAACGCUCCCAUCCUCUCUGACAAGGCUCAACUUCCUCUCAAAAUUCACUGUCGCUCAUAACAACCUCUGGGGACCAAUACCAAUCGGGACUCAGUUUGCGACUUUUCCUAAUUCGAGCUUCGAAGGGACAAAUCUUUGUGGAGAUCAUGCUCCACCGUGCCCAGCAGACCAAGACCGGAAUGCGUCUUCCAAGACAUCCCAUCAAUCCAAUAGGAGCGGGAAGAUUGUCGGUAUGGCAGUCGGGGUAGUAGUCGGGACCAUUUUCAUUCUCGGCCUCAUGAUCUUGAUCGUGUGGCGGACACAUAACCCAGGAGAGGUUGAUCCUGAGAAGGAAGAGGGCCGUUAUUGCAAUCGCGAUAUCAAGGAGCAAGAAUCCCAGCUCUUGGUCAUGUUCGAACACAUGGAGAGCACUGACGAGAAGCUCUUGUAUGAGGAUAUCUCGAGGGCUACUGAAAAUUUCGAACAAAAGAACAUAGUUGGGUGCGGCGGGUUCGGAAUGGUCUAUAAGGCGACCCUCCCUGAUGGAAGCAAGCUUGCGAUCAAGAAGCUCUCUGGUGACUGCGGGCAGAUGGAAAGAGAGUUCCAGGCCGAAGUUGAAGCCCUCUCACGGGCCCGGCAUCCGAACCUCGUCCCCUUGCAGGGCUACUGCAUGGACGGAGAGGUGAGGCUCCUGAUCUACUCCUACAUGGAGAAUGGGAGCUUGGACUACUGGUUGCACGAGAAACCAGACGGUCCCGCCAAAAUGGACUGGUCCACGAGGCUCAAGAUUGCCCGUGGGGCUGCCAGCGGUCUUGCAUACUUGCACCAAUCAUGCGAGCCUCAUAUAUUGCAUCGGGACAUAAAGACGAGCAAUAUCCUUCUCGACCAGGACUUUGAGGCCCACUUGGCUGAUUUUGGACUUGCGAGGCUGAUCUGCGCCUAUGACACUCACGUGACCACAGACCUCGUCGGGACUUUGGGUUACAUCCCACCCGAGUAUGGGCAGGCCUCAGUUGCUACUUACAAGGGUGAUGUAUACAGCUUUGGUGUCGUCCUUCUAGAGCUUCUCACGGGGAAGAGGCCAAUGGACAUCUGCAAGCCGAAAGGGUCCCGCGAUUUGAUAUCGUGGGUGAUUCAGAUGAAGCGGGAUGGCAGAGAAGGAGAGGUCUUCGAUCAGAACAUCUACGGGAAGCAGCACGAUAAGGAAAUCUUGCGAGUUUUCGAGAUCGCCUGCUGCUGCUUGAACAAUAGCCCCAAAGACAGGCCUUUGACUCAGCUGCUGGUAUCCUGGCUCGAGAAAGUCGACAGCGAUUGCUAGCAUCGAAACUUUCAUGUACAUUCAGGGAAUUUUUUUGAACCUUUUCCCCCCCCCCCCCUCCUCCAAUUGUUACCCGAAAAAUGUUGCAGUCAAUCAUUUUUUUUUUCGCUCUGUAAAUAACAGAAAGCUAUCUAACCGAAAGGAACCAAUUGACUUCUUUAGUUCUUGCUUCCUUUGCUUGUAAAAUAAUGUUGUUCUUCAAAGGUGUAUGAAUAAGAGGAGCUGUACAUCUGUUAUCAUCA